AUGGAACUACCAUGUAUGUUACGUGAAGAAGAACAAGAGCCAGAAGUACGGAAAAGGGAGGGAGAAACCAAACAAGCAGAUGAUGAUGAUGAUGAAGUGAUCUUGGUCGGAGUGGAACAUGUAAAUGAAGAUGCUGACGUGAUCUUUGUUGGGAUGAGCUCAGCUUCAAAACCAGUCGUUUCAAACAUACUGAACAGAGAUACCCCAGGUUCUUGUUCAAGGAGAAAAAGGUAUGGUCACUUCAGGAAAGGUAACGCUGACAAAUUACAGCCUGUUAGUCAUGUGACUCCUACAUCAGAAGCAAAGACUGUCUUGCCAGUUUCUGACUCUGAAUCAAGAUCAACAGAUAGUCCUAUUAUUAUUGAACCUCCAUCUCAAGCUGAUUAUAAAAGUAUUUCACCACAAAGAGUGCCGAAGUGCUUUUCAAAGGAGUCAUGUUCUUCUUUGAUUACCUUCACAAGUUCAUUGCAGCAUCCAGUAGAAAGAGCGGUUUCUGCAGGAGAUAUGAAUAAAAGUCCUCAUGUCUCAAAGGUACUUUCCACUUGUGAAACAAAUAGCAGAAAUCCCAAAAGGCCUAAGCUCAGUGAUGGCAUUAUAGGGGAACAUUCUUUAGGUUUUUCCCCUUCAGGUAUUUUUCAUACAGUGACCACUCAGCAAAGCACACCGGACCGUGUCCAUACCUCACUAAGCCAUGUUCAGAAUGGAGAACCUUGUCCAACACCUUUUCCAAAGGACAGUGUUCAUUGCAAGCCUGUAAGACCUUUAGGGGAAAAUGGACUGACAAAAACUGAUUUUCCAAGUUUAGCAAGUCCAGACAAAAUUGGUGAUCCCACAGAAGGAAAGCUGAUUGUGUUACUUGGUGACUUCUACUAUGGAGAGCAUAUAGGAGUUGGGCAGCCAGAACCGAAGACCCACACAGCGUUUAAAUGCCUCAGCUGCUUGAAAGUUCUAAAAAAUGUCAAGUUUAUGAAUCACAUGAAGCACCAUUUGGAACUUGAGAGGCAGAGAGGUGACAGCUGGAAAACCCACACCACCUGCCGGCACUGCCUCCGCCAGUUUCCUACUCCCUUCCAGAUGCAGUGUCACAUUGAAAGUGUCCACACUCCCCAGGGGCCCUCCGCAGUCUGUCGCAUCUGUGAGUUGUCCUUUGAGACAGAUCAGGUUCUCUUAGAGCACAUGAAAGACAAUCAUAAGCCUGGUGAAAUGCCCUAUGUAUGCCAGGUUUGCAGUUACAGAUCAUCAUUUUUUGCAGAUGUGGAUGCACAUUUCAGAGCAUACCAUGGUAACACUAAGAAUUUACUUUGCCCGUUUUGUCUCAAAAUUUUUAAAACUGCAACAGCCUACGGACGUCAUCAUAGAGGGCACUGGGAAAAGAGUUUUCACCAGUGUUCCAAAUGUCGGCUGCAGUUUUUAACUUCCAAAGAGGAAAGGGAGCACAAGACCCAGUGUCAUCAAAUGUUUAAGAAGCCUAAGCAGCUAGAAGGAUUGUCUCCUGAAACAAAAAUUGUUAUUCAGGUAUCACUGGAACCCCUUCAACCAGGAUUGGUGGAAGUAGCGUCCAUUACCGUGAACACAUCUGAUUUUGAAUCAUCACCCCCCAAAUCUAAAAGUAGGAGGUCAAAAAAAGAAAAAAAAACUUAA